UGAACUUUGAAGUGAGGAAAGGGAACAUACCCAAUUUGAUCCCAGCAACUGUGUUUCUUGCUUCUUCUAGUUAUAGCAGAUCCCGAAGAUGAAGUCAAGUAGAAACUCUCAGUCUCAAUUGAUUUUGGGCAUUUUGGGUUCUGCAGAGUUUAGAAUGCUUCAAUGAGUAAAUGGCUAUACGAGUUGAGAACAUUCACAGUAAAGUUUUAGGACAAGAUUCUACUUGUUCAAUGCUCCAUUUUGUCAGUUCACCAUGGUGGAAUUUACAGGAACAACAGUUGUCUCAGACAUCAUCUAAAAAUCUCAGUUUGAGAGUAGAAACUCCAUCUCUAUGCUUUGAGGAGGCAAAGCAUCUAGGCCAACAGAUAGAAGAAGACCAAAGCUCUCACUCAAUGGAGUCAAGCAGCCAGUCUCAACGUGGAGCGACUACUAUGGGAAAGUCAAAUUCUCAAGAUCAAUGUAUUUCAUCAGAAUCUGCGCAAAAUGAAAGCUUUGGGACGCAUGUAGAAGAACAACCAAAACCUGCUUUCUUUCCGAGUAAUUUGGAAUCUUCAGCCAAUCCUUCGCAAAUUGAAUUCCCCCAAUCAGCUGCACAAAUUCCAUGUAUUUACUCGGAUUCCUACUUCAGCAGCUUAUAUUCGGCUUAUGGGCCUCAAGCCAUGAUUCAGCCGCAAAUGAUGGGGAUAGCACCUGCUCGCGUCCCACUGCCUCCUGAUCUUGCCCAAGAUGGUCCAAUAUAUGUGAAUGCAAAACAGUAUCAUGGUAUACUCAGACGGAGACAGGUGCGUGCCAAGCUUGAGGCUCAAAACAAGAUGGUGAAAGGUAGAAAACCAUAUCUUCACGAGUCCCGUCAUCAGCAUGCAAUGAAUAGGGUUAGAGGUUCUGGUGGAAGGUUCCUCAGCACAAAGAAACAGCAGCAGCAAUCCGAGUCAACUCUCUCCACUGGCUCCUUUUCCGCAUCCAUCCAUUCUUGUCAAGAGACCGAUGCGCUGGAGAUGGAAGCUGAAAGGUCCAACGACAGCAGGCAUUAUGCUUCAACUAGUACCAGCUCUUCUGCCAUGGGAUACACUCCUGAUGAUAUCAUUUUCCAGCAGCAUGCCGACAGCUACAUCAGCCUUUCUGGUCAAAUCGCUGGUUCGACGUCGUCGGGAGGCUUCAUGCAGAAUGGAACUCCGCUCCCUGUUCCGACUACCCGGUGAAAAGCGCAGCAAAAAGCACCGGGACUUGGCAAUUCAUCCUUGGCUUUGUUACAUUCAAGUUUUAGCUUAUUUUACAUGAUGGACAUAAGAGUACCGUGUAGAGUAUACUAAGAAUACUUCACCAGUUUGAGUCCGUUUGACACAUACCAUGCACCUGCCAGUCGAAACCCUAUGUCAUGGCUCAUGAUAAGGAGAUUCCUUUGUCAUUUAUUUAACCAUGGUUCAGUUUGUUAAAUGCUUAACUCUGGAUCUAAUCUUCUUCUGCUUCUUCUUCUUCUUCUUUUUUCAUGUCGCUUUCGUAAGAAU